AUGUUCCGGCGGUGGUCCGGCGGUGGUCUGCGAGUUCCUGUGGUGGUCCGGCGAGGUUCCAGCACUGGUCCGGCGAGCUCCUGUGGUGGUCCGGCGAGAAUGACAUGCAUGCAAAUGAAGGAUUUGAAAGGGGCUUUUGCGUGUGGGAGCAAGAAGGAGAUGAAUCGCUCCUCAUCCAUGAAGAAAUUGGUGUCUGAAAAUGAGAAACUCUGCCAAAUCUCUCAGCGCUUUGAAAGCUUCAUCAUUAAUCGCAUCGUUUCAACCCGUUCAAAGCCUCGUCGCUCGCUUUCAGACCCAUCGCCUAAUGACAAACGGGUCCCUAUAUUUCUGGAGAACAUUGAAACAAGGAAGGUCAUACUAGUACAUGGAGAAGGACUUGGAGCUUGGUGCUGGUACAAAAUUGUUCCAAUGAUGGAGGAAGCAGGAAUGAAUCCCGUUGCUUUGGAUCUUGCAGGAUCUGGUGCAAAUGACUGCAUAAACAUCAACAACAUUACAAGUUUGGAAGAUUAUUCAAAACCUCUCAUGAAUUAUCUCUGCAGCCUCGCCGGCGAUGAAAAGGUUAUUUUGGUUGGUCAUAGCUGUGGAGGUGCAACUAUAUCAUAUGCGAUGGAAAAGUACCCAAAUAAGAUAUCAAAAGCUAUAUUUCUUUGUGCAACGAUGGUGAAUAAUGGCCAAAGGCCUUUUGACUCUUUUGCUCAGGAGCUAGGCUCAGCUGAACUUUUCUUGAAAGAGUCUCAGAACCUGUUAUAUGGCAAUGGUAAAGAGAGGCCUCCAACUGGCCUUAUGCUGGAGAAAGACCAAAUCAAAAGUUUAUACUUCAACCAUUGCUCCUCCAAGGAUAUAGCACUGGCUUCAAUGUCCAUGAAAGCAGUUCCUCUGGCACCAAUGAUGGAGCAAUUAAAGCUCACACCUGAGAAUUAUGGAACAGUUAAGCGAUUUUUUAUCCAAACAGCCGACGAUAACAUUCUGAGGCUACAAAUCCAGGAGGAGAUUGUGCAGAAGAAUCCACCACAUGGAGUCUACAAGAUCAAAGGCAGUGACCACAGCCCUUUCUUCUCAAAGCCUCGGUCGCUAAAUAAGAUUUUACUUGAGAUUGCCCAGCUCUAGAAAAAGAGCUCUUGGGAAAUACGUUCAUUCUUUGUGGUGAAAAUCUA